GAAAAGAGCAAAGCCCCGCCCCCUAGUGGGCGUGGCUUACUCGCUUCCCAGCGCUGAUUGGUCCGCCUCCUUCAGGGAAGGAGGAGGAGGAAGAGGCGGCGGUGUCCUUCUGUAAAACGCCUCCGGGCGGAAACCGGUGCCGGGCCCUUCGAGUUCCGGGGUGACCCAAGCGGCGAGAGGGAGACGGGGGACGCUCUCCGGCGUGGCGCAGAAAGACCGGAGGGAAGCGGCGGAGAGCGCGGGGACGGGAGAGACACGGAGCCAUUGCCCUCCGCUUUGUGAAUAUCCUCGUCACGGGGCGGCGAAGGGGCGGGGCCUAAGGGAGGGGAGGUGGAGGCUCCGCCCCCUGGCCUGCUCUCGGAGGGAAACGUCCUCUCGCCUUGGUGUCCCCCGCUUCCUCGUCCUCCGCAGCCCCGUCCCGCCGCGAAGGGAGGCCCAGAUUGACGCUGCGGAAGAGGCCCGGAUCCUCCAUGUCCCAUCCAUUCCCAGCCGGCCGUGAGCAGUUCAGGAUCCCAUGACCCUGGAGAUGGACGUGGUCCUCUCCGACUUUGUCCGCUCAACGGGGGCAGAGCCGGGAUUGGCAAGAGACCUGCUGGAAGGGAAGAACUGGGACCUGAGUGCCGCCUUGAGCGACUUUGAGCAGCUGCGGCAGGUCCAUGCGGGGACCCUGCCCCACGCCUUUCCCGAAGGGCGAGCCUUCAAGCCCCCCGAGAAGGAGGCACCCCGACCCACGCGGCCCGUCCUCCAGCGCCAGGAUGACAUCGUUCAGGAGAAGCGCUUGUCCCGCGGCAUCUCCCACGCCAGCUCCACCAUCGUCUCCUUGGCGCGCUCCCACGUCUCCAGCAACGGCAGCAACGGCGGCAGCAACGGCGGCGGCGAACAUCUCCUGGAGAUGCCCAUCUGCACUUUCCAGCUCCCCGACCUGACCAUCUACAACGAGGAGUUCCGGACCUUCAUCGAGCGGGAUCUCAUUGAGCAGUCGAUGCUGGUGGCUCUAGAGCAGGCCGGUCGGCUCAACUGGUGGGCCAACGUGGAUCCCAGUUGCCAGCGGCUGCUUCCUUUGGCCACGACGGGAGAUGGCAACUGCUUGCUUCACGCGGCAUCAUUAGGGAUGUGGGGUUUCCACGACCGGGACCUGAUGCUCCGCAAAUCCCUUUACACCCUGAUGGAUAAAGGGGCAGAAAGGGAGGCCCUGAAGCGGCGCUGGCGCUGGCAGCAGACACAGCAAAACAAAGAGUCCGGCCUGGUCUAUACGGAAGAGGAGUGGCAGAAAGAGUGGAACGAACUCAUCAAGCUGGCCUCCAGCGAGCCACGCAUGCACUACGGCACCAACGGCAGCAACUGCAGCGGGGUGGAAGGCUCCGAGGAGCCCGUCUACGAGAGCCUGGAGGAGUUCCACGUCUUCGUCUUGGCCCACGUCCUCAAGCGGCCCAUCGUGGUGGUUGCCGACACCAUGCUGAGAGAUUCUGGAGGGGAAGCGUUUGCUCCCAUCCCCUUUGGCGGGAUCUACCUGCCCUUGGAGGUCCCGGCCAGCAAGUGCCACCGCUCCCCGCUGGUGCUGGCCUACGACCAGGCCCACUUCUCCGCCUUGGUCUCCAUGGAGCAGAAGGAGCCCAGCAAGGAGCAAGCCGUGAUCCCACUGACGGACUCCGAGCACAAGCUGCUUCCCGUCCACUUUGCGGUCGACCCGGGAAAGGACUGGGAGUGGGGCAAAGACGACGGCGACAACGUCAGACUGGCAAGCGUGACGCUCUCUCUGGAAGCCAAGCUUCACCUGCUGCACAGCUACAUGAAUGUCAAGUGGAUCACGUUGCCUUGCGACACGCAGGCACCGCUGGCACAGCCGGAGUCCCCGACCGCUUCCGCCGGGGACGAUGCCCGCUCUGCCGCAGACUCGGGCGAUUCGGACAAGGAGUCGGUUUGCAGCAGCUCAGCCAGCAACAGCGGGGGCAGCAAGAGUGGCGGUGGAGGCAAGGACAAAGAGAAAGACAAGCCCAAGAAGGACCGGGAGAGGGAGAAGGAGAAGAAGCGGGCCGACUCGGUGGCCAACAAGCUGGGCAGCUUCGGCAAGACGCUGGGGAGCAAGCUGAAGAAGAACAUGGGGGGCCUCAUGCACAGCCGGACUGCCAAGGGCGCCGGCCUGGCCAACGGUCAAGGGGACGCCACGCUGGAGAAGAAGCAGAAGAAGCAGAAGGGCUCCAUCAAGGUGCGGAAAGGCAGCAAGGACGAGGGGACGUCUGCCGGCGAGUCGGAGUCUCCCUCGGAGAGGUCGUGCUCGGCUAAGGCGGCCUCGGAGAAGCCGGCCGACACCACGUGCAAGUACGGCAGCGACAUCAAGCUCAGCUUGGGCAUCCUCCGGGCCGCCAUGCAAGGGGAGCGCAAGUUCAUCUUCACCGGCCAGCUGAAGACGAGCCACCGGCACCAGUACCAGGAGGAGAUGAUCCAGCGGUAUCUUGCCGACGCCGAGGAACGGUUCUCGGCCGAGCAGAAGCAGAGGGAGGCCGAGAAGAAGAUGGCGGCUCUCGGCAACGGUGGCGGGAGGAGGCCAGAUUCGGAGUGCAGCCCUCUCCGAGGGGAGGACGCUUUGCCGAACCCCACCUACUCCCCGCCGGCGCUCUCCCCCUACGGCCUCCAGAGCCCCGAACAGGCCGCCAUCGGGGCCAAGAUGGCCGGCUUCCCAACCAGCCACUCGGGGGUCUUCACCAUCCCUCGACCCUCCUUGAUGAGCAGCGUGGAGAGCGCCCACCCGCCCAGCUACCAAGAGGGUCGGCGGCAGCUCGCCGGCGGCCCCUGCGGCCCCCUCCCCUCCUACGCCACGCUGCCCCGGCACUGCGGCCAAGUGCGGCCCCCUCACCUCUACCAAGCCGGCCCUCCGCACUUGGGCGGGCGCUUCUCCCCGACGGACACGGACUUGCUGCCGAGUUACCGGGGGCUGGACUGCGACGGCUCCCCGUGCCCGAUCUCCCCCAGCAAUGGCUACCGGGAGUACCACGAGCCCGGCGGCGGCGGCGGCAGUGCCGGCGGCUCUCCAAAAGGCAUUGUCGUCGACCCGAACAAAGCCCGGUUCCUCUACGGCGGGGUUCAGCAAACCAAAUGCAAACAGCCGAACUGCAGUUUUUACGGGCACCCGGAGACUGGGAAUUAUUGCUCCUGUUGCUACAAGGAGGAACUGAAGCGGAAAGAACGGGAGCCGGGGGCCUUGACACACCGCUUCUGAGAGGGCCUCCGGCGUCUGGACCCACGGGCGUUGUGGGGAAUGCAAUAAUUCCCUCUCCUUUCCUCCCGUCCCCUCCCAACGCCGUUAUUCCCCGCCUCGGAGUUUUACAACGCCGUUUACCCCGCCUCAGAGCCAGGCCAAACAGAGCCGACGCUGCAACAAAACAUGGGGCGGAAAACAUACAGAAAGUGGGGGGAUACUGUAUUUGGGAGUAUGCGCCGGAGUUGGGAUUGUGUGGGGAUUUGGGGAACGUUCUGCUUAUCCGAAACCGGGGACGCCGUACUAGGUGCAUGAAGUGGGAGUUGGAGAGAGCUGAUUGUGCUGGGAUUUCGGGAACUUUCAGCUUAUCCGAAACUCCAGUGCGUUACCGCGCGAGGCUGUUAAAGCGCUGUCGUCGCACUUUAGACCUCUUGUGUUCUAAAUUCUC